UUUCUUCUUGUUUUUUGUCUUUCGUUUUUCGUUUUUUGUCUGCGUUCCUUCGAUCGGGUCUUGUAUCAGGGAAGUGCGGAGGGGAUAUGGCUCAGAGAGUGGACCAAGAGCACGAUUAUUCCAUCUUUAAGAUCGUCUUGUUCGCUGAAACUAGCGCGGGCAAAUCGAUCAUCUCGCGAGCUCUCCAGUUCGUAAUUUCUCUUCUGGUAUCUCAAUAUCUAGCUUUCAAGAGGAGCUGUGUUGCAGAGCUCCUAAUUUAACUACAUGAUAAAAGAUGAAGAUAUUGAGUCGAGCAUGUGAUCAGAUCUUCCGGCUUUAUUCUCCUCUCCUACGACUGCCAGCUUCUUCCUUAGUGCUAGAUAGGAGCUCCACUAAUAUAUAUCCAAUUUAUGGUUCCACCAAGAACGGUCAUUGCGAAGGAGCUAAACAUUUUUGAAAAGUCAAAAGGAUGAAGGAAUGCAAGUGUGCCACUAACGGUGGAUAAGUAAUUGAGUACUCCAAGUCACCAGCCUUGUAACAUUUCAUGGAGAAAGGUUGCUCCAAUAAGAUAGAGAGAGAAGGCUCACAAGGUGAAGGGGAGAUAUGGGUCAAUGAUUCAUCAGUUGAUCACAUGGGGAGAGUUCCUCUCAGAGCCUCAACUGGAGCUUGGAAAGCAGCCCUUUUCAUAAUAGUGAUCGAGUUUAGUGAGAGGCUGAGCUACUUUGGGCUGGCUACCAACCUGAUCAUAUACCUGACUAGAGUGCUGCACCAGGAGGUCAAGACUGCGGCCAAGAAUGUGAACUAUUGGCAGGGGGUCACCACCCUGAUGCCUCUCUUUGGCGGCUUCAUCGCAGAUGCGUACCUAGGGAGGUUCUCCACUGUUCUUUGCUCUUCCGUCAUCUACAUACUGGGUCUUGUUCUCUUAACCUUGUCGCAACUCGCCCCAAGCCUAAAACCCUGCGACGCCGCAGAGACGUGCCACCGAUCCCUGCACAUCCACUCGACCAUAUUCUUCACGGCCAUGUAUCUGAUCUCCAUCGGCACUGGUGGGCACAAGCCCUCGCUGGAGAGCUUCGGCGCCGACCAGUUCGACGACGACCAUGCGGGCGAGAGGAAGGCGAAGAUGUCUUACUUCAACUGGUGGAACUGCGCCCUGUGCUCUGGCCUAAUGCUCGGCGUCACGCUCAUCGUGUACAUGCAGGAUAAGGUGAGCUGGGGGGCGGCUGCUAUCGUGCUCACCGCGGUGAUGGUGUUUGCGCUUGCAGUGUUUUUGGCAGGAAGGCCGUACUACCGGUACAGAGAGCCCGAGGGUAGCCCGUUGGUGCCGAUGUUGCAGGUUUUGGCUGCGGCGGUGACGAAGAGAGGGCUUGCUCUUCCGGAGGAUGCCGCAGAGAUGUACGAGAUUACGAAGCCGGAGAAGAGUAAGAAGAAACUCCUAAUGCAUACUGAUAAGCUCGGAUUUCUUGACAAAGCCGCAAUCAUGGAGCACAAGGAAGAUACAACGGCCGCAGCUGAGAAGCCCAACCCGUGGCGGCUUGCAACUGUCACCCAAGUUGAGGAGACGAAGCAGGUCCUCGCCAUGAUCCCCAUCUGGCUCUCCUCCCUUCCCCUCGGCAUUUGCAUCGCGCAAGGCUCCACCUUCUUCAUCAAGCAAGCCAGCAUCAUGGACCGCAAGCUCGUCCGCAGCUUCGAGCUCCCUCCAGCCUUCGUCUACUCCUUUUCCGCCAUCGGCAUGAUUCUCUGCGUCUCCUUCUACGACAAGAUCCUUGUCCCCUUCCUACGCAAAACGACCGGGAACGAGCGGGGGAUAAACAUGCUCCAAAGAAUCGGAAUAGGAAUGCUAUUCUCCGUAGUUGCAAUGGCCACCGCAGCCGUCGUAGAGCAGAAGCGACUCGACGCAGGCGUGGCGGACGCCAUGAGCGUGUUCUGGUUGCUCCCGCAGUUCAUGAUACUUGGUUUCGGCGACGGUUUCGCCUUAGUAGGCUUACAAGAGUACUUCUACGACCAAGUCCCGGAUAGUAUGAGGAGUCUGGGAAUAGCCUUCUAUUUAAGCGUGCUAGGUGCGGCGAGCUUUUUAAGUAGCCUAUUGAUCAUCAUUGUUGAUCAUGUCACGUCCUGGGGCGGCAAAAGCAGAAGCUGGUUUGCGAAGAGCUUAAACGAAAGCCGUUUGGAUCUCUUCUAUUGGCUUUUGGCCGUUAUAAAUGCCGUUAACUUGUGUGGGUAUGUGUAUUUGGCGAGUAGGUACUCGUACAAGAGUGUGAAGAGGAGGGUGAUGGGGAUCUCUAACUCAUCGGAAGAAGAUGAAGAUAUGGAGGAUAAUGUUUCUUGAUCCAAGUAUAAGUUAGCUCUGUGGUAACUGUGGCGCUUAGUAUCGAGUAUAGAUCUUAUGAAAUACGCUAUGUAGUACAUGCGAGUAAUAGCAGCGGCAUGUGGGAAAUAUGUGAGUGGGGCACGCACUAUAUAUAUAUAUAUAUAUAUAUAUAUAUAUAUAUGCAUUGUCUUGCCACUUUAUAGUAAGGAAUGCUUUGUAACAAAUGUUUGUAACAAUUGUCUUGCCACUUUAUAAGUGAUUUACCAGUGCGUUUGCUGGGUGGAUA